CGUAGAAACGCCUUCCUGUUGCGCUCGCCGCCGGUUGAGUGGUGUGUUCGCGUGUGGUUCUACGUUGUUUCUAUACAUUUACCGCUAAACAUCAAUAAUGAGUAAGAAAGAAGAGGAAGAUAUCAUCCGGAUCGCAAAAAAGAUGGAUAAAAUGGCACAGAAGAAGAACGGGGCUGGUGCACUGGACUUACUAAAGGAACUAAAGAGUAUACCCAUGACCCUGGAGCUUCUGCAGUCCACGAGGAUCGGGAUGUCUGUCAAUGCCAUCCGCAAGCAGAGCACAGACGACGAAGUGACCUCACUGGCCAAGUCCUUGAUCAAGUCCUGGAAAAAAUUGCUUGAUGAACCUGCUGCAGAAAAGAACUCUGAGGAGAAAAAGAAGGAACGCACAUCUCCAGUAGUUUCACCAUCUCAAGCCAGCCCAGAACCCAUAGAGGAGAGCUCAAGCAGUAAUUCUAGCAGUAAGAGUGAGUCUGUUGAUGUAACACCCAACACGCUGAUAGCCACUUUCCCACGAGCACCAGGCACAUCUGACUCGGUCCGUAUCAAGUGCAGGGAGAUGCUGGCAAAUGCUUUGCAAACAGGAGAUGAUUACAUUGCGAUUGGUGCCGACUGCGAUGAACUUGGAGCUCAGAUCGAAGAAUGUAUCUUUUUGGAGUUCAAAAAUACUGAUAUGAAAUACAAGAAUCGUGUGAGAAGCCGAAUAUCCAAUCUUAAGGAUGCAAAGAACCCCAACCUGAGAAGGAAUGUGCUGUGUGGGAAUGUGAGUCCAGACCGCAUGGCAAAAAUGACAGCAGAGGAAAUGGCAAGUGAUGAGCUGAAGGAGAUGCGUAAGAAUCUGACCAAAGAAGCCAUCAGGGACCACCAGGUGUCCACUUCUGGGGGCACCCAGACUGACCUGUUCACUUGUGGCAAGUGCAAAAAGAAGAAGUGUACCUAUACCCAGGUUCAAACUCGAAGUGCUGAUGAACCGAUGACAACAUUCGUCUUCUGCACUGAAUGUGGAAAUAGGUGGAAGUUCUGCUGAAGUUGGGGUUUGUUCUCUGUGUUUGGAGAUGUAGCUAAAUUCCAGGACCAAGUUUCUGUAUCAUGGACAGCAAUUUAAUAGUGCACCCGAUGUAAAAAGGCCACAGUAGAUCCUAUCAACUGUUUUUGUUUUAAUGGUCCAAACUCAUGUCCAGUGUUUUAACUUGACGUAUAGCUAGGCCAUAGGCCUUUGGACUAUGAUCAAUGUUGUCAAAUUUAUGUUUUCCUUAACCAUCACUUUUUAUAUGUACUUAAACAUUUUGACAAUGUUUGACAACAUUCAUAUUUAGAUAGUUUUGCUUUGCUCUAAUGAAAGCUAGUGAAAACUAUUUAAUUUUCCUAGACAAAUUUAUUUUAUUUUAAAAUAAAAUGCUUUUAGAAUA